AUGGGAUCUAGUUCACGGACUCGAAAUUCCAAGAAUUAUUGUUCAACGCAGGCGAACGGGAAAGUCGAAGCUGCAAACAAGGUAAUUUUUAAUGGACUAAAGAAGAGAUUGGAUGAACAUGUUGGUUCUUGGGCUGACGAUGUGUGGUCAGUGCUGUGGUCGUACCGAACUACAGUGCACUCCACUACCAAUGUGACUUCAUUCAGGCUCAUCUACGUUGAAGAGGCAGUAAUCCCAGUAGAACUUGGAGAGCCAAGCCCGAGAAUUCUUCUAGGAACGUCGACAACCCAUGAAAGCUUGGACCUAAUUGACGAAGUCAGGGGUAUGACUAACCUAGCAGAACAAUCCCUGAAGCAAAGGGUAGCUAAGAGAUGCAACGCAAAAGUCCGGCCUAGGAGUUUCCAAGAAAGGGACUUAGUUUUAAGGAAAGCUGAUACCGGGGUAAGUUAG